AUGGGUUUUAGCAGAGCAACACUGGGCUUUACAGGCCUGUUUUUUAUGGCAGGUUCGAUUUUGCUGAUCUUCCUUACUCUACUGGGUGGUGUGCGCAAUAGUGCAGCACUGGACCAUGUCUACUUCCUCCAGGCGGAUACGGGGAAUAUCCCAGGUGCACCGACAACCUCACGUUGGACAUUCUGGAACCUGUGUGGUGUGAAGGAGGGCAAGAAUGAUUGCGGAGAGACCCAUGUGGACUUCCCAUUCGAUCCCCCAAGCCACCGUAACUUCGACACUACCGAGAAUGUCCCUCAUCAGUUCAUUGGAACGAAUCACUACUUCUUGAUGUCGCGAUUCAUGUUCCCCUUCCUCAUCAUCGGUCUAUUCUUCGCCGUGUGCUCUUUCUUCACUGGCAUGCUGGCUAUUUGCACCCGCGUUGCUAGCUACCUCUCCGGCUUCCUGGCCUGGAUCGCCCUGACUUUCCAGGUCAUCACAACCUGUCUCAUGACUGCUGUCUUCGUCCAGGGCCGCCACGCAUUCAAGCAGAACGGCCAGGGCGCACACCUGGGUGUCAAGGCAUUCGCUUUCAUGUGGACCGCAUCUGUCUGCCAGUUCCUUUCGUGCUUGUUGUACUGCCUUGGUGGCGCCGUCGGCCGGAAAGACACUAGCAGUGGGUACAGUGGACGCAAGGAGCGCCGCCGUGGUUUCUUCUCCUCGCAGCGCUCAAACAGCGUGAAAAGCCAGAAGAAGGAGGCCACCAACUACGCUUAA